AUGCAGAUUCUGGAUACGAAUCCUGAAAUAUACUUCCAUCUGCAGCAACAAAAGCUGAUAGAGUUGAUUCGUGUGGGGAAAAUACAUGAAGCUUUGCAGUUUGCUCAAGAAGAACUUGCACCAAGAGGCGAAGAAAAUAUAGCCUUUCUCGAGGAAAUAGAGAAAACAGUAGCACUUUUGGUUUUUGAAGAUGUAAAGAACUGCCCAUACGGGGAACUAUUGGAUGUUUCUCAACGUUUUAAGACAGCAAGUGAAGUUAAUGCCGCCAUCCUUACAAGCCAAAGCCAUGAGAAAGAUCCAAAACUCCCUAGCCUGUUGAAGAUGUUGAUUUGGGCUCAAAACCAGCUAAGCGAAAAGGCAGCGUAUCCACGAAUCAAUAACCUGUCCACUGCCGACCUAGAAGAUCCAGCUAUAUGA